AUGUCGCUGUCAAUUUCUGGCGUCACUUUUGAGCACCACCGCUCUGCCUUGGGGAUUGGAGAGCCCUCUCCGCGUAUCUCCUGGCGGUUUGACGGCACCGUCUCGAACUGGACGCAAUCUGCGUACGAGAUCGAGAUCAACCGCGCUGGACAAGCGAACACCUUCCGCGUCAAUUCAUCCGACUCUGUUCUCGUGCCCUGGCCGAGCGACCCGCUGCAAUCUGGCGAGGAGGCCACUGUCCGUGUGCGUUCAUUCGGACGCGCUAACCAGCCCGAUGCGCCGUGGUCGGACCCUGUUACUGUUGAGCCGGGGCUGCUGGACGAAGACGAUUGGCAGAGCGCUGUAGCGAUUGUCUCUGACCGGGAGACAGAGGUCAAUGCUACCCAUCGACCGAUCUACUUCCGCAAGGACUUCGAUGUAGAUGAGGAGAUCCUCUCCGCCAGACUCUAUAUAACGGCCUUGGGUGUCUACGAGGCUGAGAUCAAUGGCCAGCCCGUUGGCGACCAUGUCCUGGCGCCUGGAUGGCAAGCAUACAGCCAUCGCCACGAAUACAAUACCUACGACGUCACGGAUCUGCUGCAAACCGGCGACAACACGAUCGGAGUCACCGUGGGCGAGGGCUGGUACGCCGGCGCGCUGACCUGGUCGAUGACGAGGAAUAUCUACGGGGACACUCUCGGUCUCCUCUCACUACUCUCUAUAGCCACCGCUGAUGGCAAAACGAUCUACGUGCCCAGCGAUGAGACCUGGCAGUCUUCUACAGGCCCGAUAAUUGCGUCCGAGAUCUAUAACGGCGAGACGUACGACUCCACACAGGCAAUCGAGGGGUGGUCUCAGCCGGGAUUCGAUGCAUCUGGCUGGCUGGGAACUCACGAGGUUACCUUCGACAAGAGCGUCCUCGCUGCGCCAGAUGCACCCGCCGUGCGCCGGGUGGAAGAGCGGCGGCUGGAGAGUGUCUUCAAGAGCGCAUCUGGCAAGACGGUCCUCGACUUUGGCCAGAACCUCGUCGGCUGGCUACGUGUGCGUGUCAAGGGGCCGAGAGGAAGCACAAUCAGCUUUGUUCAUACUGAAGUGAUGGAAAACGGCGAAGUCGCAACGCGCCCUCUCCGCAACGCCAAAGCAACCGACAACCUGACGCUCUCUGGCGAAGAGCAAGAAUGGGAGCCCUCCUUCACCUUCCACGGCUUCCGCUACGUGCAGGUGACCGGCUGGCCCGAGGAAACCGAGCUCAACGCCGACAGCGUCACGGCCAUCGUGAUCAACAGCGACAUGGAACAGACCGGGUUCUUCAGCUGCUCGAACCCUCUUCUGAACAAGCUCCACGAGAACAUCAUCUGGUCGAUGCGUGGAAACUUCCUCUCCAUUCCGACAGAUUGUCCCCAGCGAGACGAGCGACUCGGCUGGACGGGCGAUAUCCAUGCUUUUGCGCGGACCGCAAACUUCAUCUACGAUACUUCAGGCUUCUUGCGUGGGUGGCUGAGGGAUGCAUACUCUGAGCAGCUGGAGAAUAAUUGUACGGCUUUCCUUCUUCCCAAUCCAGUCAUUUCGAUGCUAACCAGAGCAGACGCACCCCCUUAUGUUAUACCCAACGUGCUCGGCCCCGGCUCACCGACCUCUAUCUGGGGCGACGCCAUCGUCAGCGUCCCAUGGGACCUCUUCCAAACCUACGGCGACAAGGCCAUGCUGUCCGAGCAAUACGCUGGCGCCACAGCCUGGCUAGAUAAAGGCAUCCUGCGCAACGAAGCUGGGCUCUGGAACCGUUCGACCUUCCAGUACGCAGACUGGCUAGACCCCCUCGCACCACCAGACGACCCGGGUGCUGCCACAACGAACAAGUAUCUCGUUUCGGACGCCUACUUAAUCCACAGCACCGAGCUGGUCGCCAACAUUUCAGCGUAUCUGGACCGCCCCGACGACGCAGAGAGGUAUGCUGCGGAUAGGGCGGAUCUCACGCGCGCCUUUCAGAAAGCCUGGAUCUCGGCCAAUGGGACGGUUGCAAACGAAACGCAAACAGGGCUCACACUGCCGCUGUACUUCAAGCUCUUCGAGCGACCUGAGCAUUAUACGGAUGCGGUAUCGAGGCUCGUCGAUAUCAUCAAAGAGAACGAGUACAAAGUUGGCACCGGCUUUGCUGGAACACACCUCCUCGGCCAUACAUUAUCCGCCUACAACGCCUCAUCAACAUUCUACAACACCCUUCUGCAGGAGGAUGUCCCUGGAUGGCUGUUUCAAGUCCUCAUGAACGGGACCACGACCUGGGAGCGCUGGGAUAGCAUGCUGGCCAACGGGUCCGUGAAUCCCGGCGAGAUGACGAGCUUCAAUCACUACGCUGUCGGAAGCGUCGGCGCUUGGAUGCACGAGAACAUUGGCGGACUGAGACCGAUAGAGCCGGGCUGGAGACGGUUCGCGGUGGAUGUAAAGGUUGGCGGGGGGUUGAGCAGUGCGCAGGAGAGGUUUCUGAGUCCGUACGGUUCUGCCGAGAGUAGCUGGGAGGUCAGAGAUGGCAAGUUCAUGCUGGGUGUGAAGGUGCCUCCAAAUAGUGAGGCUGUUGUCAGUCUUCCUGGAGCCCCUACCCGUGGAAAGAAGGAGGUUAUUGUAGGAUCAGGGAUGCAUCGGUUUGAGAAGCUUACAGCGGAGUCAAGGGCGAGGCUUGAAGAGGCCAAAGAACGACCACUUCUCUCAUCCAGCAAUGACUGCUCCCUAGCCAUCGCGCUCUAG